CCUGACAACACAUCUCUCCCCGAACACACUCGCAACCACCGGCAACAUGGAUUUCGCAAGUUUAAAGGAACAAGUGAGCAAUCUUACGCUCUACGACAUCAAGGCCGGUGUGCGCAAAGUCCAGAAUGCCGUGAUGAACUACACCGAAAUGGAGGCGAAGGUGCGCGAGGCUACAAACAAUGAGCCAUGGGGCGCCUCCUCGUCGCUAAUGCAGGAAAUCGCCAAUGGCACCUUCAACUAUCAAUUAUUGAAUGAAAUUAUGCCCAUGAUCUACAAGCGGUUUACAGAGAAGUCGGCGGAAGAGUGGCGGCAGAUAUACAAGGCCCUCCAACUGCUCGAGUUCCUCAUCAAGAACGGUUCCGAACGGGUUAUUGACGAUGCGCGCGCACAUGUCUCCCUCCUCAAAAUGCUCAAACAAUUUCACUACAUCGAUCAGAACGGCAAAGACCAGGGUAUCAACGUGCGGAACAGAGCCAAAGAGCUCUCGGAACUCCUCUCCGACGUCGACCGGAUUAGAGCUGAGCGCAAAAAGGCACGAGCGAAUCGGAACAAGUUCGGCGGGGUAGAAGGAGGCCGAGGGCUGGGUGGUGGAAUCUCGGGCGGUGGUGGUUUCUCCGGGGGCGGUAGCCGCUAUGGAGGCUUCGGCAGCGAUGAUGCCGGUUUUGGCGGCUACAGCGGCGGCGUGUACGGAGACGGUGGAGGCUUUGGGGGAGACACGUCGGGCGGUUUCUCCGAUACCCAGGCCAGGCGGGACCGGUUCGAGGAGUACGACGAAUAUGACGAGGGCGCAGUGGCUUCACCGGCGCGAAGAACUGCUCCCUCGGCGGGCUCACCCGUUCAGGUCAAGAGGGAGGCCAAGAAGGAAGAGCCCAAGCCAGAACCGGUGCCAGAUUUGCUUGCUUGGGAUGACGAACCGGCCCCGACAUCCGUCUCCGCAGGAAAGCAGCCUGUAGCCCAUUCUACGAGCAAUGACCUUGGCGACGACGACGACUUCGAUGACUUCCAAUCUGCUGCACCCUCCGCAGCCGCCGCCUCCGCAUCUACCUCUGCCGCGGCUUUCAACAUUGCUCCUCCGGCUUCCACUUCUACAAUCACUUCUGCGACCCAGUUCGCGCAACCCCAACCGCAGUCGGCCGCGCAGAACAACAACUUGAACGACCUUUUUGCCACGGUAUCUCCUCCGCCCGGAGGAAAUAAGAUGGCCUCCCCUCCCAUCACCUCGCCGGUGUCCACAGGCUACCAACCAUCCGGACCAAACUAUUUCACAUCCGUACCCGUCGGCCAGACUCCUCGUCAGUCUAUCAGCUCAAACCCGUCUCUUAAGUCCCCAACUAUUGGAGGGCCCAAGCCCGCAUCGUCGACAACCAAGUCGUCCGGCGGAGAUGCGUUCGCUUCACUGCUUGGUGGGGUUGCCCCGAAGAAGACAACCACGCCUACUCAAAAGGUCACAAUGGCGGAUAUGGCUAAGCAGAAGACGAGCGCCGGUCUGUGGGGCACUCCUGCGGCGACCACUCCCGCAACGCAGUCGCCGGGAACAGGCUCGAAACCGGGAGGUGCUUUGGGUGAUUUGCUUGGUUAG